AUGUUCAACACCUCUUCCAUGCUGCCUGGCCCCACCUCUAAUGCUUCCCUCCUUUUAUCCGAUGACCGUGACGGUGCUCUGGCCCAAGCCGAAAUCGCCAUUUUGGCCUCCAUGUUCCUGCUAGCCACUGUGAGCAACGGGCUGGUGCUGGGAGUCCUGUUCUGCCGUGGCCACCGGGCCACCACCAUGCACCGCCUCAUCCGCCACCUCUGCCUGGCCGACCUGACCGUGGCUCUCUUCCAGGUGCUACCACAGCUCAUCUGGGACAUCACUGACCGCUUCCAGGGCCCGGAUAUCUUGUGCCGUGCCAUCACAUACUUGCAGGUGGUUGGCAUGUUCGCCUCUUCCUACGUCAUCGUGGCUAUGACUUACGACCGCCACCAUGCCAUUUGCCGGCCCAUGCUGGCUUUCCGGAGAGGCCCGGCUGCCUGGCACCGGCCUGUGGUGGUGGCCUGGACUGCCUCCUUCCUCUUCAGCCUCCCCCAGCUCUUCAUCUUCUCCAAAACGGAACUGCCCAGCGGAGCCCACGAGUGCUGGGCUUCCUUUGCUGAACCCUGGGGGGCUCGGGCCUACAUCACCUGGAUCACUCUGAUGGUCUUCAUCCUACCGACUCUCUUCAUCGCGACCUGCCAGGGCAUGAUCUUCUGCGAGGUCCACCGCAGCCUGCGCCUAGGGCCCGAGGGGGCACUGGGGGGUAGGAAAAGCCGGCGAGGAGCCUCCCCGAUAUCCGGCGCUGUGGCCAAAACUCUCAAGAUGACGUUAGUCAUUGUGCUGACCUACGUGUUCUGCUGGGCUCCCUUCUUCCUAGUGCAACUGUGGGCUGUUUGGGAUCCUCAGGCCCCCAGAGAUGGUCCAGCUUUCACCCUCCUGAUGCUCGUCGCCAGCCUCAACAGCUGCACGAACCCCUGGGUUUAUGCCACCUUUAGCAGCAGCAUCUCUGGCGAACUGUGUCGAAUCUUCUGCCCCAGACUGGCUCGUAAGCAAAUGAGGUCCCUGCCUGAGGACUCCAUCCUCACGGCCAGCUCCUCCCUGGGACGGGACGCCUUCUCCUGA